UUAGAUGUACGACAACCAAAAUUACAAUAUAUCUUUCAUGGAAGUAAGCAUGUUUACUAGAACUUACAUGGGACGUAUGCGUAAUUUUCUUGUAACUGAUAUCUUUGUGCAACCUGUUGGACUAAAAUGCAAUUGUCGACUAUUUCGUCAACCGUAACCAUGUGUGGAUGCAUUAAAAGAUCUCGAUUGAAGUCAAGUUAAAGAGAGGCGAACAUCAACCCCUCAAAGAUGAAGGAAAUAGCUACAGAGAACUUCCAAAGAAUAUGUGAAGCCUAUGAAAUUUUAUGUGAUCAAAAUAAAAGGCAAAUUUAUGAUAUAUAUGGUAUGGAAGGAUUAACAUCUGGUUUGGAGCUUGGUCCCAAACUGAAUAAAGUUGAAGAGAUCAAGGAAGAACUUGAGAGAUUGCGGCGUCAGAAGGAACAAGAAAAGGUCUUAGCACAUGUCCAACCUUCUGGUUCGAUUCUCGCAAAUUUAUCAUGGCCACAGUUUUUAGAGGGUGAUGGCAUUAUGAGAGGGAUGGCCAUGGCCAGUGAAGUUCAUUCUAAAAUGUCCAAACACAAUGCCAUUUCCUUGGGCGGUAAUUUGGCUGUUAAUGGGAAUUCUGGUGGUGGUGCUGCAUCGGUGGUCCUUAGGCAUCAGAUGUCUUCAGUUUCUUCUGUAGAAUUCAUGGGUUCUCUUGGUUUGCGAGCACUAAUCGGAAUUCAAACUUCUCGCCAAUUGUCUCUUCACUCUACUGCAACAAUGGGCUUUGCCAUGUCUUUGAGAGAUGGUUCAAUUAAUCUUUCUAAUACAUGGACUCGUCAACUCUCAGAGACAACAAAUGGAAAUAUAGAACUUAUUUUAGGUCCAGAGUCGUCUAUAGGUGUUGGAUGGCAAAAGAAAGAGCAGAAAAGUGCUGCGUCCGGAGAGAUUAAGAUUGGCACAGGUUCUUUUGGCGCAGUGGGCCAUUACACCCACCGCUUCUCCUCAAAAUCUCAUGGGCGAAUUGCAGGCAGAGUUGGAAGUAGUGGGCUUGAACUUGAAGUAGGGGGUGGAAGAAAGAUAUCCAACUUCACAACCAUUCGGAUGUUGUAUACAAUAGGACUUCAGGGAAUUUUUUGGAAAUUUGAACUUCAUCGUGGAGGACAAAAGUUGAUUGUUCCUAUUUUGCUCUCCAAUCAUUUGAACCCGGUAUUUGCAUCUGGAGCACUCGUCAUUCCAGCAUCACUUUAUUUUACGCUCAAGAAAUUUAUUUUUAAACCAUAUUAUCUUAGACGGGAAAAGCAGAAGUUUUUGGAAAAUCUUGAGAAGACUCGAGACCAGGUUCGAGAGGCUAGGGCUGCAGCCGAGAAAGCUCAACAACUAUUACAAAAUGUGGCGAAUAGGAAGAGGAACAAGCAACUAGAGAUGGGUGGAUUGGUGGUGACAAAGGCAGUUUAUGGAAAUCGCAAAGCUCUAACGACUAGAAAUAGACCCGAAGAAAAUGUUGAUGAAGUGGCUUCACAAAUCAUAGAUGUUACAUUACCUCUUAACUUUCUCAUUGACGAAUCUGGGCAACUUAAGCUACACGAUGGUGUAAAAAAAUCGGGAAUUAUGGGCUUUUGUGAUCCUUGCCCUGGAGAACCCAAACAGCUGUACGUGGAGUACACGUACGGUGGCAAUAAAUACGAGGCCAUUGUUGAUGAUUAUGAAGAGUUUAUAAUGCCCCAGGAAAGGCACAAAAUCUAAAUGGUAAUGUAGAUAUUGAAUAGAUUCUUGGCUGUGUCAGUGAGAAUAAACAGGAAAAGAAAUAGAAGGAAUAUGACAAUUACAUGAAUGGAAUACUUGCUAAAAAACACUUGUUUUUAUAUCCGCUUGCAUUUGCCAUGGAUCCCAGGCAAAAUUUGUUCAGGAUGGAUAAUUUUUUGUUUGGUAUUCUUAUAGUCUUCUGAGCAAAACAGUGUAUUAUGUGUUCUCUUUUCUGAACUAUUAAUUUAACAAAAUCUUUUUGUACUUUGAUCCUUCUGCAGCCUGAACUGCUGCAGUUUAGAAACAUGAAACUUGUGUUGAAGUAAAUCCAUUAUUAUAACAAUGGAGCAAGUUCAUCUUUA